UCCAAUAUAUAAGUAAUUAAGACAAUUAAUAGUCGACGCAAUGGUUGACGAUAGUACACGUUCUACAUUAAGUAAAAUUCCAUUAUUAAAGACAAAAGCUGGGCCUAGGGAUAAAGAUUUAUGGGUACAACGUCUUAAAGAAGAAUAUCAAUCGUUAAUAGCAUACGUACAAAGUAAUAAAGCAGCUGAUAAUGAUUGGUUUCGUUUGGAAUCGAAUAAAGAAGGUACGAGAUGGUUUGGUAAAUGUUGGUAUAUUCAUGAAUUGUUAAAAUACGAAUUCGAUAUCGAAUUUGAGAUUCCAGUCAUGUAUCCAGUCACUGCCCCUGAAUUAGCAUUACCAGAAUUAGAUGGUAAAACAGCGAAAAUGUAUCGCGGAGGAAAAAUUUGUUUAACAGAUCAUUUUAAACCAUUAUGGGCAAGGAAUGUUCCCAAAUUUGGUAUUGCACAUGCUCUUGCCUUAGGGCUGGGUCCUUGGUUAGCAGUAGAAAUACCCGAUUUAAUUGAAAAAGGAGUUAUCACAUAUAAAGAAAAAGAUGAAAAGAAAUCAUAACUUGAAAAUAUUUUUAUUUUUUA